UAAAAAGCGAAAGAACAGCUUCCUCUGUGCUCACCACGCGGCUGCCUACGAACCAACUACCAAUUCCUAGUUUCAGAGGGAUUGGAAGCAUCACCUGCUGUUCCUAGUUUCUGCAUCCCAAUUCCAAGGCCGACUGCCUAAAAAUUUUGCCUACCCAUUCACGGGUGGCUCCCACGACGCCAUUAAUCCUGUGCAGCUCCCGUUCCUUCGUAAAUCACCUGCUGCCAUGCCAUGCCUUCCCUACUUUUACAGAUCGACGGUCUCAGAAAUCGCCGACACGCCAUUGCCUUCGUACAUGGUUGAUUGGCAUCUUUGGCAGUGCCCUUUCUGUUCUACAGUAGAAAGUUAGGUAACAAAAAAAAGUGAGGAAGGUACGAGAGAGAGGAUGGAAGGUACACGAGAGAGGAUGGCUGUGUCGGAUAUUGCCCUAUCAUCCCUCUCAUUGUUUCCCAGGCAUGAUGCAGGACAGCAGCAGAAUGGGACUAAGAACAAGGGGACUAAGAACAAGGAGCUCCGCUGCUCCACUCACUCCCACCUCCAAUGAACUGCCACCAUCAUUGCUAUCAUCACCACCAUCACAAGCCAAGACGACGUCGAUGGCGACAAAAGCCGCGACUGCCAACACUGGUUCCCCUCUUUCUCACCCGCGCGGCUUGAUCGACGCUGGUCCCGGUUGUGCUUCAGAGACGGAGAGGACGCUGCUCAAAUGGGUGAUCUCCGUGGGAGGGAUCAUGGUCACGCUGGUUAUUUAUGGAGUUCUUCAGGAAAGGAUUAUGAGAGUUCCAUAUGGUAAAGAUCGUGAGUUCUUCAAGUACUCCCUUUUCAUUGUUUUCUGCAACCGUAUUACUACAUCAACUGCAGCUGCAGGUGCCGUUCUGGUUAACAAAAAGGCCCUGGAUCCUGUGGCUCCACUAUAUAAGUAUUGUGCUGUGUCUGUAUCAAACAUCUUGACAACAACAUGCCAAUAUGAGGCUCUUAAAUAUGUCAGCUUCCCUGUUCAAACCCUAGCAAAAUGUGCCAAGAUGAUACCUGUGAUGGUUUGGGGUACAUUCAUUAUGCAAAAGCGAUAUAACAUGCAGGAAUAUCUAUUGGCUGUGUUAGUGACUGUUGGUUGUACACUUUUCAUUCUCUAUCCGGCAGGGGGAGACAUUAAUCCAUACAGCUCAGGAAGAGAGAGCACGGUUUGGGGUGUAACUCUCAUGAUGGGCUAUCUCGGGUUUGAUGGAUUUACCAGCACAUUCCAAGACAAACUUUUUAAGGGUUAUAAUAUGGAAAUUUACAACCAAAUAUUCUAUACUACAUUAUGCUCAUGUAUUCUUAGCUUAAGUGGAGAAAGCACUAUGAUCCUCCAGCUUAUGAAUUUUGUGGACUUCAUUGUCUUGCUCGUUUCAGGGCUCAUCAUGCAAGGACAUCUUCUGCUGGCCAUAGAUUUUGUGUAUCGUCACAGAGAUUGUCUCCUUGAUGUUAUACUGCUCUCUACAGUAGCAACACUUAGCCAGUUCUUCAUUUCCUACACAAUCCGCACGUUUGGGGCUUUGACAUUUGCGACAAUUAUGACGACAAGACAGUUGGUGAGCAUCUUGUUAUCUUGUGUUUGGUUUGGACAUCCCUUGAGUUGGGAACAGAUGGCUGGUGCUGGUAUCGUAUUUGGAUCUCUAUAUUCGAAAAGCUUUCUAAAGAGCCGACCUCGAAAAGCAUCGCAGUCCACUCAGGCCCAAGACAAAUCAAAUUAUAUGGUCAUUGAGGAUGUUGGGCAAUCAGAUGAGGACCACAGACACAAACAAGCUUCUUUGGGAAGAAAACUCCAACAACUUAUGCAGUCAGAAAGUACCGAGGAUGGUUGAUUCCCAAGUCACGGGCCUGAGGAAAUGGAGAUGGUUCUCAUCAAUGUUUACAUAAUUGCAAUUUGUACUUUCUGUUCAUCCUCAGCUUUAUUUUCAUUUUGUUCUUUCUGUUAUCAUCUUUUGGUUUGUUGAUUUGGUUCUCUUGAUCCGUGAAUUCUUAAUAUAUAUUAAAAUCAGUUUAUGGUUGAUUUCAGAAUAUAGAUAAU